AUGAGUAGGGAUGCGGUUUCCAGCGCCUCCCGAAGCAUUAAGGAUGGCAGCACCUCGGGAGGAUUGCUGUCCAAAGCGUCCAACUCCCUACGGCGCUCACCAAGCAAGAAGCACAAAUAUCAAUCGAAUCCUCUCCCUUCCCUGGAUCAGAUCUUCCACGAAACGCACAAGCCAGGAUCAUCCGAGCCUCACCCUCUUCCGCAGAAAAGGCCGGAUGUCUACCGCACACAGACAGCACCCUUGGCUCUCCAGACAAACAAGCCGUCCUUGAAAGAGGGCAAGAUACCUCAGCCGGCUGUCGAAGGAACUAUGCUCGUCACGUCGUAUACAAGCAGUCAUAGGAGAGAAACCCCCCCUCAUUUGAGCAAAAGCGCGAUAGCAGGGCCUCAGAACGGCGAGCAUGUGCACAUCUCAGGUAGCGCAGGAGAUGCUUUACCUCCUGCGCCCGCACAUGUAGCAGGAAACCAGAACUCAGACAUACUAUACCAGCAUAUUUACGACAUGGCGAGCAAGAGGAUCUCUACCCUGGAUUACUUCCGAAAAGCCCAUGAAGGCCGUGUCUUCUGGUUUAACACAGUCCACUUCUCCCGAACAGACCUCUCCAAAUGGCCCAACUUCACCGCCGCUAAGCUAUCUCGGCGUGCAACAAACUACCUGCUCCUUGGCCUCUCCAUUCCUCCAAUCCUCGAUGUACAUUCACAGAACAACUCAGCAGCAUCCGCGGCAGCCAAUGCAACGGCAGCAUACGAUUUUCUUAAAGCUCUAAAUUCCCUUCUUGGAGAAUUCGAGUCAUAUCAACAGAUUCAUCCUCCAGAUGGUAGCACAGCAUCGACCUUGAGUCGAGCCCGCAUCCCACACAUGUUCAAACGAGCCACUCACGCCACAACCAGCAGAACCCGACGAACCUCCUCUAGUGCCGGACCAGAAAUCGGUCUCCCUCUCCAGCAAAGCUCUGCCUCACAUUCCUCAGACCCCCAACGCCAUCACCACCAUCACCAUAGCAGCAACUCCAGCACUGGCACCACCGUAGACAGCAACAACAACAACACAAUCACAGCCCUCCAUCCCAACCUCUCUAGCACAAACCUGUCCCUCACCGCUCCCUCUUCCUCCCAACCAACCCCCACCACAACAACCAACUCAACCAAUACCGCACCCUCCAACCCUCCAACCACCAGCAGCACAUUCCCCUCCUUCCCAACCCCUACAGCCAACCCCUCGACCCUGGACCUGAACCUCCCCAACUCGACAUUAACAGCCUCCGAAGGACCCUACACCCACCUCCUCACGCCCCCCCUCCCCUUCGCCCCGGAUUUCUACACCGUCUUCGCCACCCUCUGCGACGUCCUGAUCGACGCCUACCAGCGCAUCCUCGGGCUGAUCAACAGUCCCGCCGUGUGUGUGCACGGCACCGCACAGGGCCUCGGCGAGAUGUUCGCCAAAGCCGAUGCGAGGUUACGGAAGGUUAUCGUCGGGGGUGUGGUCCGGGAUUUUGAGGGGGGCGCGAGGGAGAGCGGGAAGAGGGAGGUGCUGGGUGUGCAGAGGGUCGUUUUGGGCGGGUUGAUGGGUUGA